AUGGUUAAGACUAGAGAAUUAGGCCGUGCCUUAGGUAUGGUUGUUGACAGAGGUUUGGGGAGAAGGGAUCAUGAUUAUUCUGACGGUGCUCCCCAGCGCCGAAGGCCGACCGCAUUGGCACGCAGGCAACGGGUACCUGUCACUGUUGCCGAUGAUGCGCCUGCGGUACCUGCAGAUGAGCCGAUGGUAGAUGUUGACGCACAGGACACCGAUGCAGAGGCUAAUGCACAGGACACUGGUGUAGAGGCUGCUACAGAUGAGGCUAAGGAAUUUCCUGGUGGACCCAAGGACCCAUCAGUGCUUAUGGAGUAUGCUCAGCAUGUUGCAGCCAGCGUAUGGUCCGGAGAGGAACGGCCUAAGUUAAAGUUAUCCUCCCAUGGGAGGAAGGUGCAUAAAUUAGGCAUGCAUGUUCCUGCAAUUGAGGAGAUGGUUGUUGGGACAGGAUUAAGUUCUUUGAUCGCGUGUUCAAUAGACACUGGCAAUCGGGAACUUAUAUCCUCGUUUGUCGAGAGGUGGCACCGGGAGACAAGUACUUUCCAUCUUCUAGUGGGGGAGGGUGCAACCCAUGUUGAUUUUGUGUUCUUAGACGCCCUACGUGACCUCACUCAGACUAGGAGGUAUGCAUGGGGAGCUGCUGGCCUCGUCCACAUGUACGAUCACCUUAAUGAUGCCAGUAUCAACACUAGCCGACAGGUUACUGGUUACAUCACAUUGUUACAGUGUUGGAUAUAUGAGCACUUUCCGUCAGUUGCAGAGUGCAAUGCUGAUCUGGAGUACGACGAGGUGUCACCACGUGCGUGUCGGUGGAUUGCCACAAAGAAAACUGUCAAGAAGAUAUCUACAUCGAUGUACAGGCAGCGCCUGGACCGUCUCAAGAUUCCAAAUCUCCGCUGGGGGCCUGUUGUUGUCAAAUAUAGACCGGAGAGGGUUAUGCGCCAGUUUGGAUAUGUCCAGUGCAUUCCUGCACACCCUGUCGAUUCAUGGGUGUCAUUUGAUGACAUAGACGAUAGGUGA